AUGUUUACCGCAAGGCGUUCUCCUUUGAAAGAAACAGAUAGCAACGUCAAGACUGGACCCAAUGGUAUGGUGAAAAAGCGGAAUGUGGAGCGAAUUGAAGUGUCUCAAAGUCGCAAAAAGCCCCGGGUGGGCGUGGAAGGCAUCGCUAGAACCAGAACGAUCGAAGGUGCCGUACAGCAACCGUACCAUCCGCAACAACAAUCGUCACAUCAAAACCAACACAUCGCGGCCAAAGUGACCCCGCAGGAUCUACUGGAAUGGCAAACAAACUGGAGACGUAUCAUGCGACGAGAUACCAAGAUUUAUUUCGACACAACAGAGGCAUUGCACAAAAAUGAGAAAAAACGCGAAGCUUUAAAACGAGCGUUUUUGUCUUUGGGCGCUCAAAUAACGUCUUUUUUCGACACGGACGUCACCGUCGUGGUCACACAGCGCGUGCUGCGCGACUACGACCGAUUACCAGAGACGGACGUGCUGGCUCGAGCCGCCAAGCGCUACAUGAAAAUAUGGAACUACGAAAAGGCCACCCGAUUCUUGCAUAACCUGGACGUGGACUUGGACGCGAUGGAGGCCAAACCUGCAGCUCUGGCGCCCUCCACGCUUUCGAACUUGCUGCACAACGAAAAAUUGUACGGACCUGCAGAUCGGGACCCAAAGGCUCGCCGUGACGACGUACACUACUUCAAACAUGCACACGUAUACCUGUACGAUCUGUGGCAAGUGUGGGCGCCUGUGAUAGUGGCGGAAUGGCGGCCUCAGGACAGCGGAUCGCACCCUACGGUGCGGCCGGGAACUUUUGGUCGAUGUCCGUUCAUUGGUGAUGGUCAAUGUGAUGAGCUUAGCGGUCGACGCAUCUUAAAGCGAUACCGUCGUGACUACGCCAAUGAGAAAUAUGCAUUACGUUUGCGACUUUUGUACCAGCGAAGCGCAGACCCCCAAACUGCGAGCCUAAAACGCGAGCUUUACUACGAAAAUGAAAACGAAAACGGAAACGAAAACGAAAACGAAAAUGAGAACGAGAAUGAGAAUGAGAAUGAGAGCGGGAACGCAAUUAAUGACAAAUCGGGGAACCACGAACAUCGGAUUUUGAUGCUGCCGCACGAGUAUUGCAAUUCAUACGAUCAACACCGAAGACUAGUGGAAACCAGCGCAUUUUCUGUUCAGCGUCAACAAAAAUCACUACAACAACAAUUACCAGAACCACCAUCACAACAACCACAACCACAACCACAACUACAACAAUUACAACAAUUACAACCUCCUUUGCAUCAAGACCAAGACUCCAUCAUUGAAGACUCUGUUGUAGAACAGAACGCCGUGAAUUCUCUUCCACGUGACCCACACAUCCCGUCCAAAGCGACAUGGAGCGUGCCCAGUGCUUUUGUACGGCUGGCGCCGGGGUCUUUAGCACGUCAAGACACGGAAGAGGCGCCCUUGGACGAUCUAUGCGGCCGGAAAUCGCGCAUUCCUCACGAGAUUCGUGCCAGCGGUGUUGUGCAGUCCAACGACGGCAACAACUCCGUUCCAACAACCACAGCGUCUUUCCAGGGCAAUGGUCUGGGUCCCACACGGGCCUCUGUCACGAGCAAGAACAUGAAGUCUUUAAACCGACUGGUUGUAGACAAGAAGUUUACAGCUGCAGAUUCCAAGAGUGUUCAGGGCAACACCCAGACACCCAGGCUUUCACGCUCACGUGCACACUCCACCCAUACCCCCGACGCCGUCGCUACCACCACUAAUACCGCUAUUACCACAACUACCAAUACCGCAGCUACCAAUACCGCAGCUACCAAUACCGCAGCUACCAAUACAACUACCAAUACAACUACCAAUACCGCUACCACGACCACCACCACCGCUGCUGCUAAGACUGGUCCCGGAUACUGCGAAAACUGCAGGGUAAAAUACGAAACUCUAACAGACCAUGUACAAACCGAAAAGCAUCGGCAGUUUGCCGGUGACGAUAUCAACUUUGAGUCUGUGGACUCCCUAAUCCGGAAACUGGCUGCACCUCGUGCAUGA